AAAAAAAAAAAAAAAAAAAUACUGCACAGGAACUCGAACAAUACAGAGCCUACAAAGAAAGCUAAAGUAUAAUAAGGGAAGAUGAGAGCGCAGUUGAACAGAAAGAUCUCCAUCAAAGGAACGCAACAAUCACGCGAAAAUGUCUUCUUCCACAUCUUUUGAGCCCAUGCCGGCAACGGCUGCGGCCACUAUUGCAUCGUACCACCUCACCGGGCCAGAUGUGCAAAUGCACAUGGCUCUGGAGACUCCCCAGGCAGAGCACCGCAUCAAGCUCGUCAACUUUUGGCGCAUCGCUCCAGGCAGCCGCGUCCUCGAAAUCGGAUGCGGACAGGGCACGACUACUGCGGUAUUGGCUGAAGCUGUUGGCCCUACCGGCCAUGUUGAUGCUGUGGACCCUGGACGUCCAGACUAUGGAUCCCCCUGGACGCUGGCGCAGGCGCAGGAACAUCUCUCUAAGAGCGCGGUAGGGGAUCGUAUCUCGUGGUACUUUGCCGAUCCGAUCGACUUCUUGGCAGAGAAUGCGGAUAAGUCGUGGGACUAUGUUGUCUUUGCCCACUGCAUCUGGUACUUUGAUUCCCCUGCCACGCUCAAGAAGAUGCUGGGCGCCCUGAAAGGGCGAGCCACGUCUCUUCUCGUUGCGGAAUACGCCCUCAAGGCGACGGAGAAGAACGCUUUGCCGCAUGUUCUCGCUUCAGUGGCACGAGCUACACUCGAAGCGCAUAAUAAGGGUAGCGAGGCUAAUAUCCGAUGCCUUUCUAGCCCUGGCGCCAUUACUGAUGCUGCCAAUGAAAAUGCCUGGACUCUUGAUGGGGAGACUUUCGUGGUGCCUGAAGCGGGACUCUUGGAUGGCCACUGGGAGACGGGAACAGUCAAAAGUCCAAACUUUUUGAAGGAGAUUGAAGAGAAAGUGGAAGAUCCAAAAGUCAGGGCGCUCUUGCGCUCGGCUCGAGAUGGCGUUCUUGGAGUUUUGGAGACGAUGGACGUGAAGAAGUCGUGGACAAUGGAUGUUUGGGCUGCCACGUUUCACUAGGUAGCGCCUUGGUUUGUGAAAGCAAAAUCGCAUGUAUUAUUCCGGCAUAUAUACAGCUCUAAUAUUUAUGGCUGUGAAUAUAAGAAUCUAAAAAAAUAUAUAUAUCUAUAUAUACUGCAC